AUGUGUCCUUUGUUGAUCCUGGUGCUGCUUCUGCACGUUAGUAGUUCUAGGGCACAGUUUGGAGAGUAUUGCCAUGGAUGGACGGACAACUAUGGAAGUUGGCACUCAGGGUUUCAGUGCCCUGAACGAUAUGACCAUGUGGAAGCUACCUACUGCUGUGGAUCUUGUAAUCUAAGGUACUGCUGCACUGCCAGUGAGGCCAGGCUGGACCAGGGUCAGUGCCCUAGUGAGGAGCAGGAAGACAUUCUCCGGGAUGGAGCGCCCGCUGUAGAGAUGCCGGAUGCAGUGCCCACAUACCUACCUUUUCUCCUAGUUGGCACCGUAUUUGUGAGCUUUGUCAUAGUGGGUGCUCUUGUAGGAGUAUGCUGCUGCAGAUGUCUUAGACCUGAGGAAGAAACCCAGAUGAAUGGACCUGCUCCACAAAGCCGACUCUUGGAUACAGAACCAUCUACUGACGUCUCGAGGCACUCCAGUUCCAGCUCAAACUGUGCCCCCCGCGGAUCCCUUGGUGCUCGGCCACAAAAUCUCUGUGCUCUGGGAGCGGAAAACAUCAAUUUGUAUAUGAACAUGCCACAAGGCUAUCCAGUCAUGGGCUGUCCACCAAAUGCGCAGUUUAUACACGCUGGCCCAUCUGCUGCUCCUUUCUUACAGCCACCAUUCAUUAACUAUGCUGUGCCAGGGGAGCAUGCCAUAUUAAUGGCACCAGCAUCUUACAUUGACGCCAGGAGGGGUUACCCACAAUCUACAAACUACCUUCCACUGACCCAACAUAUUGGGCCAGAAGAAUCUCCUUCUAAAUGUUGA